AUGGCAUCGCCAUAUGCUUUGCCCUCUUCUGCGCUGCCUCACGCGCAUCAGCAGCACAUGCAUUCUCACUCACAUUCUCACCCGUCUCUGAAUGCCUGGAGAGCAUCAAUGUCGACUGGAUCCCUGCCUCCGUCCAUUGAGGACGAGGCCCAUGACCACGAACGGCCGCAUUCGCACUCGAGACAACACUCUCAUGCUCGUCAAGGAUCCCACGCGUCCAACACGAGCGCCGUUUUGCACAGAGAGAAGGCAGCGCCUGCUUCACUAGAUUCCUUGGAUGGGUGGACCAAGGAGACGACUGCUGGUGGGAAGAAUAUCUUGACACCAGGACCUGACGCAGCAACAUCGCCGUAUUCGCCUCCAAUCAAGCACAAUCACAACCACAGUGACCAUUCAAAUCACCAUGAUCACGAACACAAAGAUACCCACAGCCACGACCACGACCACGAUCGUGACCACAAGCAUGGCCACAGUCACAAUCAUGAUCAUUCCCACAGCCACCACCAUACCCACGCAAGCCGACCAGACGAUGGCAAGGCGCAACGGUCUCUGUUUACAAGGACGCUUCUGAAAUACACGGCUGGCAUGCCCAUUUUGCACGCCAUUCUUGUAGAAAAGGACUCCCGGAGAAUCUUCUACUUUAUGGUGUUAAAUUUUGCCUUCAUGGCUGUUCAAGCAUUCUACGGAUAUGUCACCGAUUCGCUUGGUCUUCUUAGCGAUAGCAUCCACAUGUUUUUUGACUGUGUAGCACUGUUCGUAGGGCUGCUGGCAGCCGUGAUGAGCAAGUGGCCACCAAGCCAAAAGUUCCCGUAUGGAUUUGGCAAGAUUGAAACUCUCUCAGGGUUUGCCAACGGCAUUCUUUUGAUGUUGCUGAGUCUCGAGAUCGCAUUUGAAGCGUUUGAACGUCUGUGGGAAGGCACGAAGACUAAGCGGCUCGGCGAACUUUUUAUAGUUAGCAGUCUUGGGCUCGCUGUGAAUUUGGUUGGCAUGAUGGCGUUUGGGCACCACCAUCAUCACGGGCAUAGCCAUGGCCACAGUCAUGCCCAUGACCACUCUCACGACCACGCUCACGGCCAUGACCAUCAUGACCACAAGCACGAGCACACACACGCUUCACAUGGCUGCGGCGGUCACAGCCAUUCGCAUGACAACGAGAAUAUGCACGGCAUCUACUUGCACAUUCUGGCAGACACGUUGGGCAGCGUCUCAGUUAUUGUGUCGACUGCACUGACCAGCAUUUGGGGCUGGGCGGGCUGGGAUCCGUUGGCAUCUUGCUUCAUCGCAGUGCUCAUUUUCCUUUCGUCCAAACCGCUUGUCAUCUCUUCAGCCAAGCGCCUACUCCUCAGUGUCCCCGAAGUUACAGAGUAUAACCUGCGAAAUACACUUGGUGGCAUCCUGGAGCAGCGAGGUGUUGUAAACUAUUGGACGCCCAAGUUCUGGUUGGAUGACCGAACAGGAAGCGAGGAUGGCGAAAAGCUUGUGGGAGUAGUACAUGUCAUUGUGGCACGCGGGUUUGCGUUGGAGGAGACACGGGACCGAGUCCGCGAUUUUUUGAAGCGGCAGGGGAUAGAUGCUGUGAUACAGGUGGAACGGGAAGGUGACAAUGCAUGCUGGUGCACCAGAGGACGUGGCUCCAUGGCGACGCCGUCUGCUCCGAAGAUGCUUUAG